AUGGGGCGCGGCUUCCAGAAGAAGGCCCUGCGUGGAGGUGGCGGUGGCGGCCGCAGCUUCUCCAAGGGCAACAGGCAGCAGCAGCAGCGGCGAGGUGGCAAGUCGCCUGCUGCUGGAAGGGUGGCCUUCAAGCCCCGACCGCCGCCGCCGUUGCCAGAGGCGCUCUCCUCGCUGCCCAAGUUCGUCAAGAAGAACAAUUUUUCGGGGCGUAAGCUCGGCUACUUCUUCUCGCGGGGGAAGGCCGGUGUGGGGUACUACGUGGACCGCGUGCAGAUCGGCGCGAUGGGCGACAAGCUUAGGGCAAGGCUUGCAGCGACCCUCAAGCCUCCAGCUGCUGCUGGUGGUGGUGAAGCAACCAAGCCUGCUGGGACGAAGACGGCUGCUGGUCCUGGCGCCGUGAACGUCAAGUCUCCUACUGCUUCGAGAGACAAGAAAUCGCCUGUUGAUGCUGGCAACAGCAGCAGCAGCAGCAGCAAGGCAGUCGAGAAAUCAUCGGUGGCUGUGCCGAAGCUUCGCGGCGACGGGAUCAGGGCCGGCGAGUCGAAAAGAACGACACCAGCAGUGGCCGUGAAGGAUGGUGGCGCGGGAAGCGACGAAGCCUUGAGCGACGGCGCUAGUUCAGGGGAAGAAUCCAGCAGCGAUGAUGAUGAAGAUGACAGCGGCGAUGACGAGUCUGACGGCGGCGGGGAAGUCGCCCGGAGCGUGCCUAACGGACAGGGCGGCAGCGGCGUCAAGGCGGCGAAGGAGGAGGAUGAGGAUGGCAGCAGCAGCGGCAGCGAGGAAGAGGAAGAGGAAGAUGGCGAAUCGGAGGGCGACGUUUCGGAUGAAGAAGGAGGAGAGGACACUGAGAGGGUUAGCAACGGAGCGGCGGCGGCGAAGGCGGACGCAGGUGCUAAAGUCGUCGCGGAGAGAGCCGUUGGGAACACGAGAGGUGCUCAUGAAGAGGAGGAGGCCGAGGAGGAGGAGGAAGAGGAGGAGAACGGGGAAGAGGGAAGCAGUAGCAGUAGCGACGAAGAAGAAGAGAUGGAGGGGGAGGCAGGCGGGGAAGAGGGGAGCAGUAGCGGUAGCGACGACGAAAAAGCCGCUGCCGAGGAAAAAACUGGAGACCGGGGUACGCGUGUCCGCGGCCUAGAGAAGAACGAAGACAACAGCAGUAGCGGCGAGAAGCGACCCAAGGGGCCGGAGGCAGACGAGCCCCCGCCGGAGGACAUCAAGGCGUCGUUCGAGUCUCUCGGGGUGACGGGUCCGCUGUGCGAGGCCGCGGCGCAGCUGGGAUGGACUCACGCCACGGAGAUCCAGCGUCAGGCACUUCCUCUGGCUUUCGAGGGUAAGGAUGUGAUCGGCCUCGCGGAGACGGGGUCAGGGAAGACCGGAGCGUUCGCCCUCCCCAUCCUUCAGGCCCUCUUGGAAAACCCGCAGAGGCUAUUCGCUGUCAUCAUGGCGCCGACGCGAGAGCUAGCUUUCCAGAUUAACGAGGUGAUGGAAGCCCUUGGCGUGGGCAUCGGCCUCAAGACCGUCUGCAUCGUUGGCGGUAUCGACAUGUUUCAGCAGUCGGUAGCACUGGCCCUGAAGCCGCACGUGGUGAUUGCCACGCCAGGGCGCCUGGUGGAUCACCUGGAGAACACCAAGGGCUUCAGCUUGAGGACCGCCAAGUACCUCGUGCUAGACGAGGCGGACAGGAUGCUCGGCAUGGACUUCGAAGAGGAGAUCAACAAAGUUCUCAGCGUGCUUCCGAGGGAGCGAAGAACGUUCCUGUUCAGCGCCACCAUGACGUCCAAGGUGGCCAAGCUGCAGAGGGCCUCUCUCAAGAACCCCGCCAGGGUGGAAGUCGCCAACAAGUUCUCGACUCCGAAGACCCUGGUUCAGCAGUACCUCUUCAUCCCGGCCAAGCACAAGGACUGCUAUCUCGCCUACGUGCUCAACGAGUUCGCGGGGCAGAGCACGAUCGUGUUCGUGUCCACGUGCAACAACGCUCAGCGCGUGGCCCUGCUUCUGCGGAAUCUGGGCUUCCAAGCGGUUUGUCUGCACGGGCAGAUGGGGCAGCCGAAGAGGCUGGGGGCGCUGGGAAAGUUCAAGUCGGGGCAGAGGAACGUCCUCAUCGCGACGGAUGUAGCCAGCCGCGGGCUCGACAUACCCUCGGUGGACCUGGUGGUUAACAUGGAGAUCCCGAGCCACGGCAAGGACUACAUACACCGGGUGGGGAGAACCGCGAGGGCCGGAAGGGCCGGGCGCUCCAUCGCCUUUGUCACACAGUAUGACGUGGAGGUUUACCAGCGUAUGGAGGCGUUGAUCGGGCAGAAGCUCCCGCCGUACGUGUGCGACGAGGAGACGGUCCUGGUGCUGCAGGAGCGCGUGGGAGAGGCGCAGAGGAUGGCGGCGAGGGAGAUGCGCGAGGCGGACUUCAACAAGAAGGGGAAACACAGGGGCGGCGGCGGGGACGGGGGAGAAGACGCAGAGACGGUAGUGAGGAGCUUCAAGAGACAAAGGAUGGGCGGUCGGGGGGGAGGGAGAGGGGGGAGCCGUGGAGGGAGAGGGAAGCGGAGAUAAAAGGACAAGACGAUAGAGCAAUGUAAUGGUCCAUAUCUCGGAUUUCUCUCUUUUUUUUCGUGCGGGGUAGUUUCAGACGUGUGUGUUGUUGCCAGUGGAGGUGGUGAUAAGUUUUGUGGUGUGGCGGUACUUCGGAACAUUCCGCGGGGGCGGCUGUUGUUGUGGAUACAUCGCCAGGACAGCACAACGCUGUGGAUACAUCGCCAGAGAGGUAGGGUAGCCACGGCAGCGCCCGGCAAGUAAAUGGGGGUGGGCCAGAGGGCAGUCAGCAGAGCGACACACGGCAGACUCGUCUUGCUCGCCCGGCCUUACGUUAAUUUUUGUCCGUCGUUCUGCCGACGACGUGGCAGCUCCCCCCCACCCCCCCCGUCACCCGUCACCCCGGGUGCUGUUGCGGCGGAACAAUGACACCGUCCGCAGCAGCUGUGUUGAACACGGAGAUGGUUUUGGCCCCGAAUCCCAACUUGGAAAUCACCUCCUGUUUGCCUUAUGCGGUAGUCGGUGAGUUCUGUUGUAGUUUGGCGUUCCAGCACCGGCAUUUCGUGGUCGGUUGGAAUGUUCAUGUUGCGAGAGAGAGCACCGAGUGUUUCUUGUUGCUGUUGACCUUGAACUGAUCGUUCAUCGAGGCUGUUCUGUGUACGUCUGCUGUGCUUCGUACAUUCAAAAGUUUUGAGAUAAAUGAAUGCCCUGGUUUCCCGCAAGCUUGAUAUAUAUGUCCCCGCCGCCUUUGUAGCGAUGGGAGAGAGGAAGCAGUGGUCAUCUCUCGUGAUGGGUGGGGGUUCAGAUACGAAAAACGUUAUUGCGGGGGGAGGGGUCGAUGAAGGAAACAAGCGCUCGGUUGACCGUUUUUUAGGGGUUCGGCCGGCCGGACCGGACGAAGAAGCGAAGAAGGGCAUGUCUGUUGCGGUGACGGUCGCGUUGUGCCUUCUGUCUUUGCAGAAGUGACUAAAUUAUUAUGGGUUUGCAUUGCAGCAAUUAAUUGUGGAUCUUCUUGGAGCAUGGGGUCGUUGACGCCUUCUUCUUUCCACGAGCGCCUCCAAUUAACUGUGGACUCGUAUAUAUUGUCGCGCUUGACUGCUGUUCUUGUUCACACCGUCAGCGAAGAACAACGACACCAUUUGUACCACCCUCUUUGCCUGUAUUGCCUCUGUACGGAGCGGGAAACUCACCGCCGCUGUAUCUACAAGAUAGGUAGAUCUCUCCCACCACGGGCAGGAAGGAAGCAAACUCCUUCCACCAAAGAGCCUACUAUUGUACAUGAGCAGCGCAUCCGUGGCUAACUAAAUCAAUCUGCAAGGGGAGGGAGUUUACGCGCUGAGGAUUGUGCAGUUGCCCAUGUCGAGAAGGCUAGAACGACACCAUCGGCACACAGUGCAGAGGAUAACAUUGGCACGAUGAAUAAACAUCUCCACGCUGAGGUAAGCAAGCCCUGUAACAAUACGUGGAUGCCGCCCCUCUGGCCUUUCUCUCCAAAACCUACGUGAUUCCCAAGUAAGCCGUGUGCCCCCGCUAAAAGCAAGGCGCAGCAGCAGCGUACUAGGCAAGCAGCUGGCCACCCAACCAGUCUAGGAACAUCGGAGGUUGGAGAUUGAUACCUUGGCUGUCUACGGUAUGUACUGUAACGUUCAGUCUUUCUGCCUCUAACCGCCUAACCUAACAUCUAUCUAUACGGAUAAACAACUGAACGACAAAGAACGGGGUAACAAAGACGUAAAAUGAUGCGCACGUAAAACAAAAACAAUGAAUACCGUCGACAAAUAAUGUGUAACCGCAUGGUCAGGAGGCCACAAGUCUCCCCGUUGCCCAGUGAGUCUAACUGGCUUACGGUUCCAAGGUGUUAAAGAACCCCAAGAACAUCCCUCCCUCUACAUGGACCUCCCACAGGACGGCCCAAGACAUCCUGUACACGGACCUCCUACGGGGUUAUACCUACAGUAGCAAACGACAGACAGACACGAACGAGCACAGACGGGUGUGUCUCGUCCUCACAGUGAAACGGCGGUACGAGCAAUCAACAACGCCGAACAGCGCGAAGAACAGCACCAACAACAAAAACUAACCCCCUUCAACUAUUGAAUAGUCUAUGCAUUCCUAAAAACACUGGUAAUUCCGUUGCUGUACCCUUGUGUUUGCCCUCUGGCGCUUUAAGAGAGGACGACACCGACCACCGCCACCAACAUCACAGCAAAAAUACCACCAAACGCGAUCCAUCCGCCGCUUCAACGGCAACUCAUUGCGCCGCACGUAGCACAAAGCGCCGCUCCGUUUUACCGAACCGCACUGCUGCGCACCACUUCGACCGAAAAAACUAGCAAAGAGCAGCAGCAGCAGUGCCGCUCGCCGCUGUCUUAAUUCGCAAAACCCCACGCAUUACAAAAAUAUCAAAUCACCCAACACGACUAUUCGUUUGCUUGUUUUUUGUCCCCAUGCCACCACGCGAGAAAGAGUCUUCCGGGACGGACGCUCUGCGGACCACCAAAAAAGGCACGGCAUCCGCCCUAUCUAUCUAUCUAGUCGUGCGCUUGUUGUUCGCACAGGGAGGGGUGGGUGCUGCGCGCACAUACUCGACGGAACCACCGACCGAUGCCGACGCUUACAGCACACGAGAGAGAGGCAAGCAAUACGGCAAGGAUUCCGGUCCAGCCUUGUACAUACAGCAGUACGCUAAAUGUCCAAAGCUCUGGCCUAGCCACAGCGGGCGCGGAGGAGGGG